AUGGUAAGUAGAAGCUACAAACAGUAGAUUAGUUAUCUUAUUUUCAGUUUUUCUUAGGACGAAGGAAUAAAACUAUGGCGACUUUAAUUUAUCCAAUCCAGCAUUCUUAAUGUUUCACAAAGUUCUGUAAAUUUAAGUGGCUCUACAAGUUGAUUUUUAAUAUAUCUGCUCAGUCUUGUAAUCAGUAUGCAGCUUUCCGCAAACCCAUCCCUCAGGACCUUAAAGUUUAUUUUAUUUUAGAAAAUGCUUGUUUCCUAUGCCUCAUGCAUACAACGCACCAAUAACUUAACACUUUUUGAAUGACUGCAGUUGAAUGAAUUGUAAAGAUGGCGAUGCACUUGAUAACCUAAGUAUAUCCUGGUUUUGUUAUGCAACAGUGAGUCCUCUAUGGAACGGAGACAGUCUAUUUUUGAACCGACCCCCCCUGCCUAAGUUAAUCCUGUUGACCAGAAUGGGCACCAAUCCCACGUGCUGUGGACAAUUACACUGUCACUGUCAUACCCGUCCUCGUAGUGAAAUCACUGCGAUUAAUACUAACCAAUGUGAUCUUUGAUGUGAUCUUUGCUUUGUGUUUUGCAGACUGAGCCUAUUAGAGUUCUGGUGACCGGCGCUGCAGGGCAGAUUGCCUAUUCCUUGUUGUUCAGCAUUGCCAAGGGAGAUGUCUUUGGCACAGAUCAGGUAAAGAAGGGCUUGCUCUAUUAAGACACCCAAUUCCCUUAUCUUAUUAGUCAGUGUAAGGGCAAUGUCAGGUCGUACUGUUUGAAUAGCAGUGAGCGUGAUAAAUUUUCUUGGUCAUGUUGGGGAUUGACAUGGAAUAGAUGCUUUCCCCCCCUUUGGAAAGGGAUCAGAUUGCAGUUGCUGGUGCAUGCGCCUUUGGGCGUGACAAAACUGCUUUUGAAGUUAGUGAAAUGGACCCUAUGCCAAGAGUCUUAGGUCAUCUUUAAAACAGCUCCAUCCACUUGGCACAGGCAGAGAGCCACAUGGCUCAGGCCUUUACACUCCUUCCUGGAGACAACUUCCUUACCACCACUGUUUGUCAUUCAUUUUACAUAGGAACCAUACUUUAAGUGCAUCUUAAUUGAUGUUUUGUUCACUUCAUACAAUUCAUGCCACUGCCUACUUUCUUUCCACAUUCUCUCAGCCUGUCGUCUUGCUCCUCUUGGACAUAACAGCCAUGUUACCAGUACUUGAAGGUGUUGUCAUGGAGCUUCAGGACUGUGCCCUCCCACUUCUGAGAGGUAAUAAUGUUCGGAUAAGAGAGAUAACGGACACUGUGGAAUGUAUCCAUUCCCAUUUCAUAUCUCUUUUUGCCCAUAUAUUGAUAGAACAAGUGCACAUGUAGCUGUGCUUGUGUUUGAAAAGUUAGGAGCUACACAAUUCUAAAAAAAAAAAAAUCUUAAAACAAUGCAUUUUAUAUGAUGUAUGUAUGUCUGUAUCACAGUGUUUAGGGGUCCUCAUUUUCUGUGUGUCUUGACCAAUUUAAAAUUGAGCUAGAUUGAUGUUUUGAUUCUGAUACUGUCAUUUUUGUACAGUUUUUUCCUGGAAAUUACAACUCUGCCGGUAGUGGUGACCAAUAGCGUAGAACUGUUUUUAGUUAUUCUACCAUUACCAUUCCCUGUAAAUACAGCUCUCGUCUCUGUGUUGAGUGUGCACCACCAUCACAACCUCCUUCAUAUUUUUAAGCUUUCUGUCUGCCCGUAUAGUCAUUGUGGUGAUGAGUGUUAUAGAUAUAUGCCUCAAUAAUUUUUCUAUAUUUUCUAGGUGGAGUAAUUGCCUCUGAAAAAUUAAAAUAUGUGGCUCAUUUUUUUCUGUUAUUGAAUAUUUAAUAACUUUUAUUAUGAUUAUCUGAAAGUUAAAUGCUGCUUGCUGCUGUGCAGCUAAUCUGAAAGGGUACAUUUUCCUGGUAAGAUUUUCCUCUAUGGAAUUACCUCCUUCUUUGUGAUACUUGGUACAUGUGAGCACUAAUUUCCAUCAGGCUUGUCUAGUGCCAUGACAGUACCCCAGUAACCCCUGACAUUACCUCAGUCGUGAGGCGCCAUUAUGUGCUACCGCCAUUGUGACCUGGAAUUUUUACUCUGAAUCGGUGCCGUCCUUUGCUUUGUUUGGACAGAGGCUAUGAGAGGCCCCUGUAUUAACAAAGACAGCAAAGACAACGCUUCAUGCACUGAGGUGGGCCCAGCCAUAUAGUACCAACACUGGUUACGGACAUAAUAAAUCCAGAAUGAUUUAUUUUAAUGUUGUGUGUUUGGUUUAAGAAAUAAAAAAAAAAAUCUUAAGAAUGUAAGUUUACAAAUAUUUAAGAUUAUGUGUCACGUUGAUUUAUAUGGACAAACUACAUGGACAACCUUAAGCUUUUGUCUGUGUGUACUGUAUUUGUGUAAGGAACGUACAAUCAAGUUUAUUGUCAACCCAACCUUUAUCAGGAAUCCAGACAUGCUUCUUUAUUAUAGAAGAGUCAGUCAAGAGACGGCAAUAUAAGGGAUCACCCUGAAUAGCUACUUGGUUCUAAGUCUGAGCCCAAAAGGAAGUUCAAGACCAGAAAAGGGUUUUCGGUGCUGUUUUUUUUUUUUUUUUUUUUUACUGUACCUUGGAGUUUGUUAAUCCUCAAGUGUAAUCUUAGCCUCUUUUAGUUAGUUGCCAGAGAAUCUGUUCAAGAUUGGCAAAAAAAAUCUUUUUGGUAGAAAAUGUUAUGAAACCUCUUUGUAUUGAAAAAUUGUAAACUGUUCAUUCAUUUUAAUUUCCCACAGAUAUUGUUCCCACUGACAAGGAGGAUGUAGCCUUUAAGGACCUGGAUGUAGCUAUCUUGGUGGGCUCCAUGCCAAGGAAGGAAGGUAUGGAGAGGAAGGACCUGCUUAAAGCCAAUGUGGCCAUCUUCAAGAGCCAAGGAGCUGCCCUGAAUAAUUAUGCCAAGAAGACUGUCAAGGUAAUUACACUGGCAUGUAGUUAUGUAGACAUGCAGUUGCAUGCCAAGUUCGCUUUAUCGCCAAAUCACCUUCUUUUCUAUUUGUGCUAAGGCACAGAUUCUGCUUUGGGUUAAGUUUCUCAUGGUACACUGUUUCAUAGUUGUCAAAAUGUUCUUUAUACUAAUCAUCUGUUGUGCCUAUUCUUGUGCUGAUUGUUCUCAUUCUUUCUAGCUGAAGCCUUGAUGUAAUUCGCACUGUAAUAAUUGGGCAGUUCUUGAGCUCUUAAUGAUCUAAAGUGUUAUACAGGUUUUCUUAUCAAAUAGUUAGCUGCUGAAGCCUUAAGCUGCUUUUAAAAUAAAGCAAACUGCACAGUCAUCAAUCACUCAGUAUGUUCUUAAUAAUGAGUUUGUAUACAUGGGCAGAAAUCCAUUCAGUUCGAUUUAAUUCAAAUGAGUGCUUGUGUCUUAGGUCCUAGUGGUGGGAAACCCUGCCAAUACCAACUGUUUGAUUGCAGCAAAGUCUGCACCCUCCAUCCCCAAAGAAAACUUCUCCUGCCUCACCCGUUUGGACCACAACAGGGCUCGCUCUCAGGUGGGUUUCUUUUGGCAGUUCAUGAUUUCUGUCACGAAUUCAUCUUUUUAGUACCUCCUUGUAAGUUCCUAUUUGGAGCUAAUUGUAAAACAUGAAUUUAUUGUUGGUCCUCUGAGCCUAUAGGUGGCAAUGCGCUGUGGUGUUCCUGCCACCCAUGUGAAGAAUGUGAUCAUUUGGGGCAACCACUCGUCUACCCAGUACCCAGAUGUGCACCAUUGCAUGGUCAACAUGUCUGGUAGCGAGCUUGCUUGCUUCGAUGCAGUCAAAGAUGACGCCUGGCUCAAAGGAGACUUCAUUGCUGUAAGUGAAUUAAAACAGUGCCAUCUACUUCACUGUGAAAUACAUUUUGCAUCACUUAAAAUUCCUGUGGCAGGUUUAAAAAAUGUAUUAAACAGCCUACUUUACAAAAGAGAAAACACGUAAUAAAAUAAACUAUUGCUUACUGAAAGCAGUAGAUAUACUGAAAGCAAUUGGUAUAUUUUCAGAGUAAAUGUAAAUGGUAGUGGGACAUUUAGAAGUUAUUUUUUUAACAGUUUACAUCAUUGAAAAUACAGCUGUCAAAGGAAUUUGCAGAUGCUUCGGCCGUAGUCUUAGAUACUUCAAAAAAGAAAGCACACCAUAGCUCAAUAACACAAGAUAAUGUCCACAUGCGUGCUGUCAUUUCUAUUAAUUGCAACAGUUUUUUUUGUAUUUCAGACAGUGCAGCAAAGAGGUGCUGCAGUCAUCAAGGCCAGGAAGCUGUCUAGUGCCAUGUCUGCAGCCAAGGCCAUCUGUGACCACAUGAGAGACAUCUGGAAUGGCACCCCUGCGGUAACAUCCAUUAUUAUGAAUACUUAAGUAAUAAAGUCUGUAUUUCCCACAUUCUGUUGAGAAGUGUUUCUUUCUCAACCUUUUGUAUUGUUUUAGGCAAUAUUGGUACAACCCAUCUUGAAUUUUUUGUUAGGUGGAAAUAAAAAAUCAGGACUGUACAGGUCACACAUGGUUUUAAGCCACUGUUUAGUGUUGUUGAAUGCCCAUUUUUAUACUAACCCGAUGAUAUGCUAUGUGUUGAAUGAACAGUUUGGUGUAUGAAUUUCAGUAGUAACCAGGUGAACUUGUUUUUUAGGGUGAGUUUGUCUCGAUGGGUAUUUACUCCUCAGGCAACUCCUAUGGAGUCCCAGAAGACCUCAUCUACUCAUUCCCUGUCCAGAUCAAGGUGAGAGUGGCCAUUUGUUUCCCCCCUUCAGCAGCCUAUCAUCUGUUUGAAUUCAACAUCAUAUUCGUUUUUCAAAUGAAAGCACUUUGCAGCUUGUGAAAAGUUGCACCAUCAUUAGUGAACAUGGAUAAAUUGAGGUUUCUCAGAACAAAGUUAUGUUAAUAUGACUUUCCACAGGACAAGACCUGGAAGAUUGUAGAUGGCCUGGAUGUCAACUCCUUUUCCCAGUCGAAGAUGGAGGCUACAGCUGCAGAGCUGAUAGAAGAGAGAGACACAGCUGUGGAUCUCCUGAAAGUAUGA